AUGGAUAUACAAGAAAAACUUCUCCAGCUCCCUUUCACAUUUCAAGUGCUCGUUGCUGUGUUUGUGUUGCUGCUGAUCUAUCUGAACUAUACGGGUGUAAGCAAGGUGGAGAGAGGACAAGCACCUCCGGGGCCAAAACCACUGCCUGUUCUUGGAAACAUGCUAUUGCUAAACCUGAAGAGGCCAGAUGAUUCACUUUGUGAGCUUUCCAAGAAGUAUGGGUCUGUCUUCACCAUUUACUUUGGUCCUAAGAAAGUGGUCGUCUUAGCAGGAUACAAGACUGUGAAGCAAGCACUUGUUAACCAUGCAGAAGCAUUCGGAGAUAGAGAAUUACCACCCAUUGUUAAAAACGUUUUCAAAGGUCAUGGCAUCGUUUUUUCAAAUGGGGAGAACUGGAGAGACAUGAGGCGUUUUGCCCUCACAAACCUCCGGAAUUUUGGAAUGGGAAAAAGAAUGGGCGAGGAAAGUAUCAUAGAGGAAGCUCAACAUCUCAUCCGCUCCUUUGACAAUUUUAAAGGUACAGCAUUUGAUACAGGAUGGCCUGUCAACUAUGCAGUCUCCAACGUCGUCUGUGUCAUUGUGUACGGCAGGAGAUUUGCAUACGAUGACCCCAGGUUUCAGGCCGCCAUUGGCAGAUGCAAGAACAACACUCAACUUUUUGGUUCUCCGUAUGUGCUGCUCAACAACUCGUAUCCAUGGUUGAAGCCACUGCUGAAGGAUGUGCGGGACCUCAUUGGUCUUACAGACCAAACCAAUGAGAUUCAGGGGUACAUCACCAGCAGAAAGGAGACAUCCGAUAAAUCGGACCAAAAUACUACCCCGUUCCAUGACAAUAACUUGCUGUUCAGUGUAGUCAAUCUGUUUGGAGCAGGCACUGACUCCACUGCCACCACCAUUCGUUGGGGACUGCUGCUGAUGUCCAAGUAUCCCCAUAUACAAGACAAAGUCCACGAGGAAAUUGACAGGGUGAUCGGUGGCAGACAGCCAGUGGCGGAGGACAGGAAGAGCCUUCCCUACACUGACGCAGUCAUCCACGAGACGCAGAGAUUUGCUGACAUUGUCCCCUUGCCCGAUACACACAUCACCAACUGUGAUGUCCACUUUCAGGGAUUCUUCAUAGAAAAGGGGACACCUGUUCUUCCUCUGCUCUCGUCAGUGUUGAGGGAUGAGUCUGAAUGGGCCAAUCCCUACACGUUCCACCCAGAACACUUCCUGGAUGACCAGGGACGCUUCGUCAAGAGAGACGCCUUCAUGCCCUUCUCAGCAGGACGAAGGGCUUGUGUGGGAGAGAGUCUGGCCAGGAUGGAACUCUUCAUCUUCUUCACCUCUCUCCUUCAACGCUUCCGCUUCACUGCGCCCCCUGGUGUCUCGGAGGAUGAACUGGACCUCACGCCAGUGGUGGGAUUAACAGCUAACCCCACUCCUCAUAAGCUAUGUGCACUGGACCGCUCCUAAGUGUCUCAUUGCGUUUUAAUCAGACACGGAUAACUCGAUGCAGUGGUCAAUAAAGAGAGGUUCCUUUCAGGAAAACCUCUUUUGGCCAUAAUGCGUUAUGGAAUGGCCUGAUAUGCAUUAUGGAACUCAA